UUUGGGUUUUUGUUUUGUUUUCUUUUGGUUUUGGGGUUUUUUGUUUGCUUGGGUUUUGUUUAUUUUGGUUUGGUUUUUUUGUUUGUUUGUUUGUUUGUUUCCCCGCGUAAUUCUGCAAUCCGAUUAUGAAAAACGAAGGGCCCUCCGGAGGGAUACCGGCACCGGGACUACACCUCCCGUGAGGCAGCGCGUCCGGCUCGCCUCGACUUCGGACGCCGGUGGCGGACGGGAGGUCUCGCGAGGGUAGGGGAGUCGUAUGGGUGGGCCCGCGCGCGGGAGAAUUUGGCGGGCUCGGGAAGAUGGCGGCAGCGCCGGCGUCUUUAGGGCGCCGGCGCCCGAGAGCUGCCGUGGGCGCUCAGUGGGAGAGCGAUCACCUCUGGAUCUGUUUGCUGGCCUUGGGCUUCGACCCGAAACACCACCGUGGCAUAAAACUAGGGAGGGAUAUGUUUGCUAAACCUAACAGGAGAGCGUUUUCUGUCCUUGCCCACUUCUUGUUUACUAAGCUGGAUAAGCGCCGUGCAAGAACUUUCAUGCAAUCUGGAGGCACAAAGGUACCAAGUCCUAAAUUUAGGAAGUACUGCUGUCUGUGGCUAAGGGAAAUUUCACAGCAGAAGGAAUUAAAUCUCCCACGGAUUACACCUUCCACACUGAUUUGUCCUGGUGGUGCUAAAUUUGUUCAUGUGCUCUACUGUUUUGCAAGAUACAUAAUGAUUGAGAAGAUGAAAAAGCUCUCUGUAGGCACUGGUGGUAUACAUUAUGCUGAAGCUGUAAUGUGGAGACCUCGGGAUAUGUACAUAGCAAAAGCAAGACACAGAGUUGCAUACAAUAAACUGCUGCAAAAUCUUCAAAGGGAAGACUUUGUUUUUCAAGAAUACCAGAGAAAAGUAUGGAUUUUAAUUUGUGAAAUAAAGCAGACAAAGAAGGAAUAUGCAGUUGUGCAGAAGCAGUUUUACAGGAUGAAGCAAAAUGACCAAAACAAAAAUGACACAACUGAGAGAAUUCAGAAGGUCCGCAGUAUGUGGACACUUAUAAUAGAAAUGCUUUCAUCUCUGAAAAAGGAAAAGGAAGUUGUGGAUUCUGUACUUGAAGACUGUGUUAACCCAUGUGUUCUAGAUGGAACUGAUGUUGUUUUGAGUGUUCCACCGUUGUUGGUUUACCAAGUUGAAAGUAACAUACAUAGAUUUUGUACAGGAGAUUUAUAUGAAGAUGGAAAUCUGAAUUUCUUAACAGUUAUUCAGUUGCUAAAUGAAGCCCUAAUGACAUUGAGAGAUGAAUCUUGUCCAUGUGAAUUGAAAGAACUUCACAGAAUUGAGGAUGUGGCUACAUCCUACAAGAAGGCACUACAGGAGUUGAAAACAGAAAGUCUAAGAAGAAAGCAAGAGCAUUGUGUGCCAGAACAUCAGUCUAUUCUCAGAAAACAGGAAAUCUGGAAAUCAAAGUGGAAAACGAUUCUUGGCCAGUGUCCUUUUAAUUUAAUCUUUAAACAUGAUCUACAACCAGCUUCAUCACUUCAGUCUUCUAGUUCUUCAGAUGAAGAUGAAGAUACUGUCUUUUAUCAGUUAUUUUCAGGUAAUUAUGACUAUCAUCAUGAAGAAUGCCAUAAGGAAAGUGAUGAGCCUUUGGAAACCAUGAUCCAUACACCAUUAGUACCCUCAAGAUGUAACUUCAUACAGCAUGGAGGCUUGUCUGCUUCUGAGGCUACAGACAGUUUUUUUGUCUCUCCCUUCUUGAGGAGCUCAUUGGUGCCGUCGUCGUCAGAAGCAUCUGAAAAUGGAGACCUGUUAAUUAAAAAUAACUUGAAUACUUGUAUAGGAAAUGAAAAACCCAUGCCUCAAAAAAACUUAAAAAAUGGAAAGGAAGAAUUCCCUACUUCAGAAAUGGAGGAGAAUGCAGGUGAAAAUGUUACCCAGCCAAAGUCUCCUGUGGAAAGAGAUGAACUUCUUGAGAAAGCCAGAGAUGAACUGGCAGAAGAGAUUGCAAAGUCGGUGAUGUCUGAGUCACCUCACAGUGGUGAAGAAAAAGGAAUGGCAUUAGAUGAUCUCAUUAGCUCACUGUGUUUUAACCCAUUUAUAACAAGGAAUCAAAUACCCCGAACUCCAGAAAAUCUGAUUACUGAAAUCAGAAGUUCGUGGAGAAAAGCUAUUCAGACUGAGGGCUCAGUAGACCUUGAGCUGUCCUCAGCUGGUGUGGUGACGGAAGAAUCUUCAAUGAAUGCUACACCCAGUAUGCAGCAGGAGGUGGACUUUACCUUUGCAUGCUCUAAACCUGUGUCUCCUGUGUUUGACUUGGAUCCUCCUGUAUCAGAAAAGAAGUAUCAAUUAAAUUCUACAGAAUCUAGUUCUCAGGAGCAGGUGAGUGUAAGUCACACAUUUGAAUCUUCAGAUGCAAAAAUGUCUGGAAUUCAAGAAAGUGAGAGAACUGAAUCCGAGGUACUAGAUUCUGCUUUGAAUGGAAGUUCUGUAGAAGAUCUAAGCCAGACUUUUCAAAAUGUAGAGAAGAGUAUGAAUACUCCAGAUAGUUGUUUGAAAAGUGGUAGUAGAACAAAUACACUACCUUCAGACCACUGUCGCAGUUUUCUAAUGGAUAAGAUACUGUGCUGGAAUACAUCUGUGUUAAAUUCUCUCUGUCAUGAAUCUCCUGACAUGGGAAUAUUGGGUGAGACACUUCCAGAAUGUGAUGGUAUGGAUCCCAACAUAUCUGCAGACUCAGACUCCAUUUUCUUUACAAUGGACAGUGAAAAUUUAAUGGAUGGCUCGGAAAAUAAUGAGGAUAUUAAAAAAUUGGACCUAGAUAUACAGUCCCUGUCCAACUCACAUGAAGUGCUAAAACAGACUGCAUCUAAGAGUGAAGAGGAGCUGCAUCAAACACAAAAUAGAGACAAAUCUCAAAGUUAUAGAGCUAAACUAAGUACAAUAUCAGAAGGAGAGGAAAAUGAGGAUGAUCCUUCCAUGGAUGAAGGAUUUACCAAGAUGCCAUUGCCAAACUCUCCUGAUGAGAGCAAACAAUCCGUGUCAUCUUUGCUGGUAUCCUGUCAACAGGUGGAUGGUACAUGAAGUCCCAUUAGACUUAAUACAUAAAUUGAAGGAUAAGAACAGUUGAGUUGGAAGCUGGGCAUGAAGGAACCUUCAUCAGGAUAGAAUUUGUAAAGCAGCAGCAUAACCAGAGCAAUGCAUUUUAUACUUCAGUUAAGUGUGUAGCGUCUUCUCCAAGUAUUGUCUGCAUUGGGAAGUUGCACUCCUUUUGGUGUGCAAGGCAACUCUAUUCCAGUCUCCUUGUUUAAGAGUGUCACUUCCCUGCUCUAACACUGUCAGUGUCAUAUUCACUGUGGCUUUCUAUAUACAGUUCAUCAUUUAUAUACAGAACUGUACUUUCUUUUUUAAGCAUAUUUUGAACAGUAGAUGUUGAAUAAGUGGCAUAACCCUAGAAAAUGGAAAAAUUAGAUGUCAAAAGAGAAAUAGUGCAAUCUGUUAAUUUGCUCCUAAUCCACAUCUCAUACCCAUCCCAACCCUCAACCCAACAGACUGAAAUUUUUCUUGGUGCUCUACAUUUCAUUGCAUUCAUCUCUCUUACUGAGACUUCUGGUCUAUAUUGCCAUCAAUUUUACCUGUUGAUAGAGGUUGUUCCCUUUUUCUAAGCUUCACUGGAGUGCAUAUUUCCUUAGCUAUAUUACCAAAUAAAUGCUUUACACUAAAGUUAAAAAAAACUAUUGUUUGUGGUGGUGUUAAUGCUACUUGAUAUUAACGUUAUGCUGUGAUGUAAAAGGUAAUAGAGCCUGUGGUAAUGGGAGAAAAUACAACUCUAGAUUCCAAGAGGUAAACUUAUUGUUGUAAAAAUACUGACUCCUAAUUUCAUGUGUUUAGAGGCAUUGUUAAAUAAAGUUGUUUUUCUGUUCUGGA